AUGGCAGGACCUGCGGGCGGCAUGACAGUCAGAGAUGCAGGCGGCAGUGCCGCAGCGUUGCGAGAUCGUCGUUUGGACGGGCGAGCAUUCGUCAUGGGGGCCAGCGCAGACUAUCGAACGCCGGCCGUGCACUCGCACUCGCGGCUUUUGACGACGUCGUCAGCCUGGCCGGGCGCUGGCACAUGGGCGCCGAGGGCCCCGGCGGCGCUAGGCCGCAAGCAGGCAGGCGGCAGUCGCUCAGCCCUUGGGUGCUUUGGGCCUGGGGCGCGGCGCGGUCGUUUUGCGAGCGCGAGUGGGCCCGGCCAGUGGGCCGUGACGACUAUCGAGCGAGGCUUGGGGCUUGGGGCACGGCGGCCAAUCAGCGCGGCGGCCGGCCAGGGCGACAGGUGUCCUCGCUGCGGGCUGACGGGCAGCGCAGCGCAAGUCGACGACGGCCACGGCAGAGUGCAGGCGGGCCCCUCGAGGCUGCUGCACUUGUCGCGUCGAGCCCCCGCUGCUGUGUGUCACCCUCGCCCUGCUGACGGCCCAGCUGAUUCGCCCUUGGCCACAGCCUGGGCCAGCCGCCAUGAUUCACACCCUCCCACCCGGUAG